GGCGGGGCGGGCCGGGCGCGCUCUCCCACCAGCCCCGCGCGGGAGGCGGGGGCGCGCGCGCGCUCGUUCGCGCGGCCGGCUGCGUACAGUAGUGACGGCCGCGCGGGAGCGGUCACAUGACUGGAGCGGCUGCCUGUACAGUAAGAACCCAAUAUGGCAGCGGCGGUAGCAGUGGCAACGGCAGCAGGAGGACCGGCCGCGCCGUAGCGCCCCCCCCCCCGCCCCGCGCGCGCCGCCCCCGCCGCUUCCUCCGCUCGGGCGCUCCUCCGGCCCGACUUCCCCUUUCUCCCACCUCUCCCGGCACCGCGGGAAAAGCCGCGCAGGGCAGCGCAGCCGAGGGAGGGCGGCCGGAGCCCGGACACGGGAGCCUCCCAGUCAGUUCAAGACCCGACAUGAGGGAAAAGGGCCGUAGGAAGAAGGGCAGGACCUGGGCGGAGGCCGCCAAGACGGUCUUAGAAAAAUACCCCAAUACACCCAUGAGUCAUAAAGAAAUUCUUCAAGUUAUCCAGAGAGAAGGACUAAAAGAAAUCAGUGGGACCUCCCCUCUCGCGUGCCUGAAUGCGAUGCUGCACACAAACUCUCGGGGAGAAGAAGGCAUCUUCUACAAGGUGCCAGGUAGAAUGGGAGUGUAUACUUUGAAGAAGGAUGUGCCUGACGGGGUGAAGGAGCUCUCCGAAGGCUCCGAAGAAAGUAGUGAUGGCCAGUCAGAUUCCCAGAGUUCCGAGAACAGCAGCAGCAGCAGUGAUGGCGGCAGCAACAAGGAGGGCAAAAAGAGCAGGUGGAAAAGGAAAGUAUCGUCUAGACUGUCCCAGCCAUCCUCUCCUCAGUCAGGCUGCCCAUCACCCACCAUUCCAGCAGGUAAAGUCAUUUCUCCAUCACAGAAGCACAGCAAGAAGGCACUAAAGCAGGCUUUAAAACAGCAGCAGCAGAAGAAGCAGCAGCAGCAGCAGCAAUGCAGGCCCAGCAUGUCGCUCUCCUCCAACCAGCAUCUUGCCCUCAAGCCCGUCAGGGCAGCCAGCGACUCUGCACCUGCCAAACCGGCCGUCUGGGAAGGAAAGCAGUGUGACGGACAGCCGAGCACCCCUCACAACGCCAACUCCAGCUUUUCUUCUUCCGUGAAAGUGGAGAACCCUUUGCUGGGCCUGGGGAAGAAGUCGUUCCAGAGGUCCGACAGGCUCCACACAAGGCAGAUGAAGAGGACAAAGUGUGCGGACAUCGAUGUGGAGACCCCUGACUCCAUUCUGGUGAAUACAAAUCUGCGCGCGCUGAUCAACAAGCACACCUUUUCGGGCCUUCCUGGAGACUGUCAGCAGCGGCUGCUUCUGCUCCUCCCGGAGGUGGACCGACAGAUUGGGCCAGAUGGUCUGAUGAAGUUAAAUGGUUCUGCCCUCAACAAUGAGUUCUUCACGUCAGCAGCCCAGGGCUGGAAGGAAAGGCUCUCGGAAGGUGAGUUCACACCUGAGAUGCAGGUGAGAAUUCGACAAGAAAUUGAGAAGGAGAAAAAAGUGGAGCCAUGGAAAGAACAAUUCUUUGAAAGCUACUAUGGCCAGAGUUCGGGCCUGAGCCUUGAGGAGUCAAAGAAGUUGACAGCUUCUCCUAGUGAUUCCAAAGUAAAGCAAAGUCCAGCCGAGCCACCGCAACCACUGCUUCCUCCUGAGGCCCCCACUGGCACUGUAGUCCCAGGAAGCCCCCAGUUCCAGGCUAAAGAAGAAUUUGUGCAAAUGCCAUCACCGUUCAAAAAAGAAGAGCCCGAAAGCCCAGUGAAGGGGCAGCCAAGUGUCUCCCCGUGCCCAGAACCCCCGUCUCUCCCCACUAGCAAUACAGAGGAGCUUAGCGUUCUUCCCGUCAAGUGCCCGAAGGAUGAGCAACUCUUGGAGCAGAAGCCAGUUGCCUCUGCUGAACAGGAGUCCGAGAAAGAGAAUCAUCUCACCAGAGCUGCUGGGUGUGACAAAAAUGAAAGCCAAGAAGCUUUAGUGACACCUCCAGAGGAACCCAAGAGUCCUGGAAUACAAAAACCAGCCAUCAAGACCAGUGGAGACACGGUCCCACCGGAAGCCGCCAUGAAGGAGCCUGGCCCGGCUCCAGCUGAGCACAGCCCCGAAAGCCUCAAGCGGAAAUCGUCUCUCUCCCAAGAAGAGGUUCCUGUGGGGUGGGAGAAGAGACCCCGUGUCACCGAGAAUCCUGUUGAGAGUCGCCAGCAGCCGCUGCCAUUUCCAAUCUUGCCGCAGCCCUUUCUUCCCAGAGGGGACAAGGUCCAGGUGCGAAAGGUACCACCUCUCAAGAUCCCGUUCUCCAAGAUCUCCCCCAUGCCGUUCCCUGCAUCGCAGGUCUCUCCCAGGGCUCGUUUCCCAAUCGCCAUCACUAGUCCUACCAGAACUGGAGCCAGAACCCUUGCCGACAUCAAAGCAAAAGCCCAGCUGGUCAAAGCACAGAGGGCUGCCGCCGCCGCUGCUGCUGCCGCCGCCGCCGCCGCCUCUGUUGGAGGGACCAUCCCUGGCCCUGGCCCUGGGGGCGGAGAAGGCCCUGGAGAGGGCGGGCAGAGACUGGCCGCUGGAGGAGCGAGCCUGGACACCGCCAGGGUCGGGGCAGCUGGACCGGGUGCCUCCCUGGAACUGGCAGGAGCUGGAAGCCGGGGAGGUACGAGAGAGCUUCUACCCUGUGGCCCCCAGCCCCAACCCCCGCCCCAGACCCAGUCCCCAGGCCUGGCACAGCCUCCUCGUGGCCUUGGAGCACAACUACAGCAGACCCCCUCAGUGCCUCCUGCCCCUGCCAGCGGGGGAGCUGCCGCCGGUGGCCCCUCUCCAUCCCACACGAACACCCCCCCAUCAGUAGGGCCCGGGAAUAACGACAAACCGAGUCCAGCCCAGGCAGCAGCCCCCGAGGCCCCUCUCAGCCACCACGCAGGCCCUGGGAACUGCAGACAGGAGAAAGCGCCUUCUCCGAGCACUCCCGCCCGACCCACACAGUGCGCUGCAGAGAAUGCGCCCGGGCCCCCGGCAGCGGCUAGUCUGAGUGCCCCUACCCCUUGGGCCUCCGCAGACACAAGUGCCGGCGCUUCGGCGUUGCCGGCCCCCUCCCCUGUGGCGUCUUCACUAACUGCAGCCACUUUAGAAAAGCUUCCGGGGCCACAGGGCAAUGCCACCCCGGCGCCUACCGCUGCCGCGCCAGCCUCAAGCACUUUGCCAGCAGCUUCCAGCCUUAAAACUCCAGGAGCCACUUCCCAUCCCAGUGGACCCGCACCCAGGCCAAGCUCCAGCAUCCCUGCCAAUAACCCUUUGGUAACUCAGCUGCUUCAGGGCAAAGAUGUUCCCCUGGAGCAGAUCCUGCCGAAACCACUCACCAAAGUCGAAAUGAAAACUGUUCCACUGACCCCAAAAGAGGAGAGGGGGCUGGGUGUGCCCACAGGCCCCCGCGGCACGGAGAGCAGCGCCAGGGAGGAGGGGCAGGAGAGGCCCGUCCCACAGUCGGGUCAAACCUUGCAGAAUCAGCAGCUCCCCCAGAUGUCCAGGCCCCUGCAGGUCUUCUCAGGUAAGGAUCUUAGGGACCCCGGCAUUGACUCACCCCAGUACCAAGAAGGACUGAACAAAACCACCCACGACCAGAUGCUCCAGACCCUCAUCCAGAGGGUCCGGAGACAGAAUGUUCUCCCCUUGGUCCAGCCCUCCCAGUUCAACUUCCCCCACUCAGGUUUCCAGCCUGAGGACAUUUCCACCAGCCAGAGGUUCAUGCUGGGCUUUGCUGGCAGAAGGACCUCCAGGCCUGCAAUGGCGGGUCACUACUUACUCAACAUCUCCACCUACGGCCGGGGCCCCGAGAGCUUCCGGAGGACCCAGUCCAUCACCUCCGAAGAGCGUUUCUGUCUCAGCAGCCCCAGCGAGCAUCUGAAAAUGGGCUCGGCGGACUGUAAACAGACCGCGGGAGACAGCGGCAGCAACCGAGACGAGGACACCGAUGACGGCAGCGCUGGUGAGGACCUGGGCACAGAGGAACCCCCGGCCGCCCAGGGCGCUGGCCAUUGUGAGGCCGGCUCCGGACCCCUCAGUCGAGCGCCCCUUGCCACCCAUGAUGGCCUAGCUAGGAAGACCGUGAAGGCGGAGACCCCAGGGCCCGAGCAAGCCCCGUUAAGCAAGGAGAGUUACCUGUUUCCCAGAGGCCCCGCAGUGGAUGGGAAAACGCUGGCCCGAGAUUUUAUCCAGGCGGCCCAAAAGCAGAUCGCCCAGGCCGCGAGGGCCAAGCCAGCACCAGGCAGCCCUGACCUCUUCGGCGCUGCCCAGCCGCUCCCCGCUGACAGCCCCACCCAGCAGCCUCUCCUCCUCCCGCCCCUGCGGACCCCUCAGCUCUAUGGAAGCCCCACCCAGCUUGGGCCAGGCUACCGGGGCCUGAUCAAUGUGUCCACCUCGUCGGACCUGGAUCAGAGCUCGGCCGUGGCAGGGCUGCCCGACAGUAGCCAGGUGGCCAGCAACGUGGGUGACGUCAUGUCCUUCUCUGUGACGGUCACCACCAUCCCGGCUGGCCCAGCCCUGAAUCCCAGCAGCCACAGCCAGCCCCUCCCCGUGCCGGCGUUCGCCGAGGAGAACAGCAUCGAGGACUCCCCCGCCAAGUGCUACUGCCGCCUGAAAGCCAUGAUCAUGUGCAAGGGCUGCGGGGCCUUCUGCCACGACGACUGCAUCGGGCCCUCCAAGCUCUGCGUCUCCUGCCUGGUGGUUCGGUAACGCGCCGGGGAGAGGCGGCGAGGCAAGGGCAGGGGACGGGUUGGGGGAAACGACAGAAAUAAACCUGCGGGUCGCUGUUCUCUUGAGAGACAGAGGUGUUACUUCAUCGGGAUCAGUGCGGGGCGCUCUCGGAGGGCCAGAGCACCUUGUCGAGUUAAGUCUGAGUCAGCAAGACGGGGUAGAUUUGUGACAAGUUUGCACUUACAAAAUCAUGUAAAUAGGUCACAUCUUGUUCUAACCUUCUUUCUCCGAGUGUUUAGGUUAAUAAUGUGCUAUGUUGAGCUCAGAGUUCUGUUCCCCUUCAUGCAACUCUGGAGAAGUGGAACGAAACGCCGUGAGUGGUGAGCGAGCAGAUAAGCUCCUGUCAGCUCCUCAGAGGCCGGGCAAAGGAUGGUCUUGGGUCUGGAGGACUGACGUGUCCGCCCGUGGGGUCUCGACACUCUGACAGCUGGCUCUCCUCGAGGGAAGACUCAGGCUCGGCAGGGUUGGGGUUCAGGCGGUACCCCCCUCCCUUCCUCUAGGCAGACUCGGCUGCCCUGCUGGUAAGGCGCUCAUGCCACAGGUAGUAUCUUGGACUCCCGGGAGCUCUGCUUUGGUUCUGGGCCCGCCUCCACCUUUCUGUGCCCAGCAAUCUACUUGGGACGUGAGGAUCCCUGCUGUUCCCUCACCCACGCCCCUGCCCGCAGAUAGGGCAAGAGGUCCAGGAAAAAUUGGGGCCUCCUUUCCGCUGCCAGUGUGGGGCAGCAGUGCCAGCCUUCCUCUCCGGGCAUCGAGGUACUCCUGGGCACUUCCACCAGGCUUGGCAGGCAGCUGUAAGGUCUCCACGGGAGGUCUUGGUGACGGGAGUGAUUUGAAGUCGCUUCGCUGCGGAGAGUAAUGGUGGAAGCAGCUAUGUGCAGACAACUUUGGAAAACCACUCUAACACUAGAGACAAGGGAGCCUCUUUUCCCCUCUUCCUCCUCUCCUUAAACCGGAAGUUCAAGGGUCCCUGUGGUCACAGAGCUCCCUGCUGCCCGUUUGCCCAUUCUUUUAACCCCUCUGGCUGUCGGGCAUCUGAAGAGAAAGUAGUCUUACUUGUGUCUUGGAACACACUCGUGUGCUCACACGUAACCACACAGAAAAAGUCCCUUUUCCUGGUGUAGGAACGAGGCUCUGCAUUGGAUCUAUGCACUAGGAACUUGGGAUUAUAAAGGAGCUGCAUUCAGUGUUGGACACAAUAUCUAGAGAGGAAGAGAAAUUAGCUCCAAAGUGUUACUAUUUUUUUUUGUCUGCCUACAUUUGUCAUAAAGAACAUUCAGUCUAUAGUUUUACCAGGAUUUGAUCAUUUAAAAAUUGUUAAUGUACAUCAUUUGAGUAUUAGUUUUCAGUCUUCUGAUUUUCUGAGAUGUUUGGGCAGUCUGGUGCAGUCGGAGCUGUGCUUGAGGAUCAGGAUGUCAGCUCCCAGGAUAGAGAACAGCUUGAACUUGAGAUUGAAGUCACAUUCCAGAUGAGGAGAAAGUAGUUGGUUAAUAAUCUUUGCUUUGUCUCAUUUCUGCACUUCAUCCCUCCCCUCGCCUCAUACCCUUGUAAUCCUUUGAAAUCCCAGGCUUUGUUUCUGGGUUUUGUGACCCAAGGCAAAUGCAGGAUUAAUAUUUGUGUUCUCCUUUCAGCCAAGGCAAUUUGAUGUCCUUCCAACUUCCCCUCCCCGCACACACACAGCUAAGAGGUAUGCGAGGAUCCCAGGAGAAAGGAGUGGGGUCUCCAGGAACAAGUAGGCAUCAGGAACCAAGGUUCUAGGUCCAGAUUCCCAUGCCUUGUGUAACAACAAGGGGUUUACAAAGACCCAUUGCAGGGGACCCUUCCCGGUGCCCAGGCUGGUCUGCGUGCCAUGACUUGAGCAUUUGGAACUGCUGAUCCCCUGCUAAGCAGUAAUUACCAAUGUGAGUGAUCACGGUGAUUUUCCUUCUUCGUACCUUUGCUUUAGAAAGAAGUCUCCUCCCUGGCUCCCUGAGGGUAAGGAUUCCCAGGCGAGUCGGGUGGGGGAUUUUUAAGCCCCUUUUGAAAGCAAACCAUAUUGUGCCUCUUCAUCUUGACCCAGGCUUUUGCAGAACAGCCCUGAGCAUUCUGUCUGCCCGAUUCUCUUCAUACGUGAUACCCGGCUGAUCAAGUGCUUGUGUUUAUUCAUGCCCUAAGACGAAUCGCCGUCUAGGUCUGCUGUCUUGCUUUUGACCCAAAUAAGAGAAUUGUUAGAUUCUCCUGAUUGGUAGUAAAUCGAAUACCAUCCACAUAGCAGUUUGUUUCAAAAGCCAUGGUUUUAAGCAGGAAGCUAUUCAUCUCGUACAAGGUGGGGGGGUGGUUUGUUUUGACCUUAUAAACAAGAGGGGGCUUUUUGAUCUUUUUUUUUUAAUGAAGCAGUAAGAACCAGGAGCCCUUUAUUAGCAUAUGGCAUUCCAGUACCUUCCAGGCAGUUCCUUCUAUCUUAAGUUUGGGCACUCCUUUGCUUUGAGGAAGUUCCCGGCUUAUUUCUUAAUAUUUAGUUGCACUAUUUCCAGCAGCUCCUCAAGGCCUUAGGUCUGACCCUGGGCCCCAAGGUAGCCUUCAGAGAUGUCCCAGCUCUGCUGGGCUGCACCCUGGAGCCUGCGUUUACGGUUGCACGCCCCAGAAACUUUCUAGCAGAGAAGGCACCCCAAAUUGAAAAAGAAUUUUUCUUGAUUCAAAAUUGUUAUUCUUGGGGCUAGAGAGAGAAUAUGGCCGGGUAGGACAUUUGCCUUGCAUGUGGCUGGCCCAGGCUCGAUCCCCAGCAUCUCAUACGGUCCCCUGAGCACCACCAGGAGUGAUUCCCGAGUGCAGAGCCAGGAGUAACCUCUGAGCACUUCUGGGGGUGCCCACAUCCCACCCCAUCCCCACACCCCCCCCAAAAAAAAACCAAAAAAGUUUUUUCCAUUCUGUUAAAAUAAAGCCAAAUAAGCUGAGGGUUGGGGGCGUGGCCCUCUUUCCGUUCCAGACCCCCCUGUGCUUGGCUAGCUGGAUCUCCCAGGUGACAACAAAGGAGAAGAAAGAGCUGGCCAAGGAAGGGACACUUUUUCUUAUAGCUGGGAAGCGUAUGGAAAUGUCAUGGCCUCAGAAAAUGCGUGUGUAGAUGUUUGGGGGACUAUCAUAUAAAUCGUACUAGCCAAAGGAUGACCUCACUGCCUUCCAGGUGAAGGUACAAUUCACACAUAUUAAUGACUUGACAGUUCAACGUCCUUAUUGCUUCUGAUUGCCUUUCUCCACCCUAUCCUUAAGGAACUCUGGUGAAAAUAUUUGUUAGACGAGGGAUCUUCUCUGGUCAUUGCGCCGCUAUUUAUUUCCAGAACUCACGGCCAGUGAGCAGCGCCAGGCCCGCGGUUCCCUGUUGGUGUCGGUCACUGAGAGCUCGAGCGGCCCAGGGCACUUAGCAGCUCAGCUCACAGACCAGGCCAAAGCGACUCUGCGGAACGUGGCGCCACGCAGGAGUUCUACUACGCGUCUCCGUGCCCGCUGCCAGGACAGCGGGCCAGACCGUUCCUAAAGUUGAAGUACAAGCUUCAUAGAUUCUUGGUUACUUUAUUUUUUUUAAUGCUUUACAUUUGAUACAACUAUUAAAAGAAAUCAAUUUUAAAAAUAGCUUUCCAGUAAUAUAUUUUAAGUAAUAUAUAUUUUAAUAUCUAUGUAAAAAAAAAAAAGCGACGGCAGAAGACUGAACUUCUCCUCUGGUAUGCUUAAUGCAGGGCCUCGCUGUUAAGGAAAGGAAGUUAUGCUAAAGAUGCUCAGAUUAUUUCCAAUAAAUGCAAUAAGGGGGAGAGUUUCGGAGUUUUAUUUUUCAUUUUGAAAAGAAAGUUGACUUAUUUACCACAGGCUAUUUUUUCCCUUCUGGCUACAAGGUUUGUAUAGACUGGUUUGGUAAAUGCUAAACUUUUGUGUCUUUUGCCUUUUGAAAGAAACUGUUAACAUUGGAAUUUGAGGGUAUGUACAGAGAAGUUGGUGUCAGCACCAUUUAAAAAGUCCUAUUUUUUCACAGAUAUAGAGAAAUCAUUUUACAUAAGAAUUUUAAGUAUUUGCAAUAAAUAUAUGUAUAUAGAUUGUAUGUAUUCAUAUAUUCUUAUUUUUCAUUUUAUUAUUAAGUAAAAGAUAAUUAAAGUGAAAAUAAAAAACCUUGCAGUUUUUGAUGAAUCUCGAGCUCUGGCGUACUGUGAGAUGGUGUGGGAGGGAGCCCGCUCGUGCCUUCCUCUGGCUUCAUUGGAGGGGUUGGUGGGAAAUCGGGGAGUGGGUUUCCCUCAGGACUCCAGAGAAAAUAGUUCUCCUGAUUCUUAUUUUCACACUCGGACUGGUUUGUCUGCUCUAACUAGAAGGGGGGCCACAGUGUAUCUCCGCACCCCCCCCUCAGCGGUUUGCUUCACAAAGAAUGGUAAAAGGGGGGGUUAGGGAGGGGUUCAGGCUUCCCUGCAGCUCAUUGUGUUGGCAGACGCUGCUAGCCCUUCGGGCCUCUGCCUGUGAAGGAAUAAUCUCUCGGAGAUAAUAGAAUAUUGAGCUUCCCGCUUCCUCCUGGGGGAGUGGGCCUCCUAACGCUUUCCUAGUGUACUUCCCGAUGGGUCAGGAGAGGCUGAAGAACUUGGGUCUGUGUCUUGCUAAUGCCAUUUUGAGGACUGAGCUCUAUGUCAGAAGAUGAAUUGCCUGUACUGGAAGAUGAUUGGGAUCCUACAGUUCCCGAGAAAGCCUUUUGUAGCUGCUGGGUUUGGGAUCUGAUCGAGGAACAAAAUGAUACCUAGUCUUACUUAUUCAUGAACUAAUAAGAAAAGUUACUAAACUCAUAGUUUCAAGAAUGUAUCUUAAUGACUUAUGAAACUGAUUUUACGUCUUUUUGCGCUUUACUAGUCCUUCCCGUCCUAUACAUGCUCAGCUGUGUCUUAACUAUUCGCAAAAAUUAAAAUUUCAAACACCAAAGUUAUCCAAAGACACAUAGUUUAACCAUCCAAGAGAACAUAGCACUUGAAAUCUACAGAAAAUACAGUUUUCAAAAGAAAUUUCUAUAGUCUCAGGGACUAUCAACAUCCCCUAAUUUCCAUAUGUGAUCGUUAAUGGAUGAAGAGGAAAUAGGUCAGUGGCUCCAAAUUGGUAGAUGACGUUUACAAGGACACUCCCUAUUUCUAGCCCAUAUUUUAUCUUUAUUUAAAUGGACCUCCUGCCACAUGAGAGGUCAAAUUCACAAUGAGGUAAUGGUCAGAGUCUCAAGGGACGGUUUCUGGACAGUUGGAUGGGAAGCAGUGUGCUGGGGUGGGUUCCUCUUGGUCCCCAGCUCCCUGUACGUCACAGUCUUAGAAUCUGUUAUGGCUGUCAUAGUACUGGGCUUCGGGGAGGUAAUGUUUCUAGCUAGUUUUAUAUUGGAACUGUUGCUUUAGUUAUUCAAGAAUGUAUUGUGCAAGCACGUGUUGUGGCAGAGCUCUGGCGCUGCAGACCAGAGCAGUCAUAGCGGUCUUACAAGACCUUGCACUUGUGGCCGUCCUGUGGCUUGUGUCUUAUCAGUGUCAGGACUCGGAGUAUUCAUGCUAUUUCCCGAGACACAUUGCAAAUGAGUUACCAGAAACACACAUUUAAGAUGCCAGAUGAGACAAGGUGGCAAAUGUGAAGAAGAAAAGCAGUACCCCAGACGGAGACAGUGGCUGUGAGACCCAGUGUUGACUUGUUUGGGGAACCGUCUGUGAAGAUCUGCACUUAAUAACUUCACGGAAUCUCUUGAUUCUGCCUGCAUUGAAGAGAGGCUGGCCCAGUGAACCUUUCAUUCCUCUCAGCCUGAAAGGAAAGAUGCUUUCACGCAUCUUUGCAUCACGCAUCUUUGACGGGGUGGGGCAGGGGUGGAACUUUAUCUUUCUCAACUAGCCCCGUUAGACAAGUGACUUAAAAAGCAACUUUUCUGGGGCUGGAGCAAUAGCACAGCAGGUAGGGCAUUUGCCUCGCAUGCAGCCAACUUAGGUUCGAUUCCCAGCAUCCCAUAUGGCCCCUUGAGCACCACCAGGAGUAAUUCCCAAGUGUAGAGCCAGGAUAACCCCUGUGCAUCGCCGGGUGUGACCAAAAAAGGAAAACAAAUAAAUAAAAUUGAAGCUUUUCUGUCUCUGUUCAAACUGCAGUGGAGCCAAGGGAAAUUUCUUUUAACAUCUUGAUUCCUGUGCCCCUCUCAGAGAGCCCAGGAAAUUACUGAGAGUAUCUCACCCACAUGGCAGAGCCUGGCAAGCAACCUGUGUAUAUUUGAUAUGCCAAAAACAUUAACAAGUCUCAAAAUAGAGACAUUACUGGUGCCCACUCGAGCAAAUUGAUGAGCAACCGGAUGACAGUGACUUUGAUUUUCAAGGUGUACUUAUUGACUGGUGAAAAGGAAGUAUAUCCCUUUGUUUUCAUUUGUUAUAGAGAUGUAUAGUCCUGUUUUCAUUUUUCUCCAUAAUGAAUGAAAUUAAAGGUUUUUUUCUAAUACCGUAGGGGCUUUUUCUAUUUCUAUAUCACAGAAUUUGGAUUCUAAGGAUGGAUAUUUCAUUUAGCAAGACUAGUCUCUUUUAGUGGCCAAAUCUUUCUUUAAGACAUACUGAGACAAGAUUUUGAAAAGUAUAUUUUAUUCAGAAGUGAAUGACUUUUUCUUCUAACUUUUAUUCAAUCCAGAUCGUUGAAUUAUACAGCUCAAAACCUGUAUGUCAGUGUACUCUUUCACCAGAUAUGAAGUAUAUUUUAUAUAAUGAAAUCUCAACUUUCAUUUAUAAAGUAGGGGAGUGGAUAUUCUGUAUUUUUCUUAGAUUUGAUGACUUGAAGCAGAUAGGGGUCACUCCAUCUCCAAGUUCUUUCUUCACCAUUCUAAACUUCAAAAUGGGGGGCCCCUUAGAAAGAUUCCCCAGUAACAGGAGGGACAGACAUAAGAAAGCAUGUAGGCGGAGGUGACCCACAGUGGAGAUGGGCCGAGGCCAGCUGGUGGGCUCACCUGUACAAUCCCUGUAACUCAAUUUCCCUGGUUCUUCAAAUUCAAAAGAAGCUAAAGUCAGCUGGGCUGCAAAGCUGAGAGAACAGCUGGGGAAGAACAAGGUGGACCCAAGACUUAAGAGCGCCUUUCGCUGCCCUAAUACUGCUCCCAUUCGGGGCCUCAUAAUUUGAGUCAGUUUCGGAACUUGGGAUUUGCUUGGUGACAUCUUGUGUGAACUUGCCAGAAGCAGCUUUUGCCAUUGAUGAGACUCUGCUGUGGACCCAGGUCUGUUAAGUGACUGAUGCUGGCUCAUAGCAGACUGGCUGGAGCCCAGUUACACUCGAUGAACAUGAUAGCGUUAGAAACUGACUUGGACUCAUAUCUUUCAAGAUAAUUUAAAAUUCAGCUUAAGCAUGAAAUAUUGUCAAAAAUCGCUGAAGAUACUUUAGACCCUAUAGCAUGUAGAAAAUGCAAAUAGAGAAAUAAACUUUAUUGGGUCAGUUCUUUAAAAACAUAAAAGUCAAGUGUCGGCUUUAAAGUUCUAAGAUAGCGAAAGCAUGGAAAUGAGGGCAGUUGAUUUGGCCCCCUUGAAAAGUAGCUUUGUCCUUUUCCGUUUUCAGUCCGUUGUCCUUUGAAGACUUGAGUAGCGCCCUGUUCUGUGUGUACACGGGUGCCCCUGCACAUAAUCACUUUGCUCCCCUUGGAGUCGGGCAAAGCGACCAGCUUUCCAAUUGAGUUUCCCCUUCUCGUCUGGGAAGGACCUGAUCCUUGUCCUCAGAGCAGUGCUACUCUCAGUGAGCCUCAGAGAUCGUGCAAGCUCUGAAGUAUACGAUGUAUAAAAUUCUAGGAAUGAAAAGCUUUUCUCAGCUGUAAGUGUGAUAGACUUACUUUUUCAAAUCCAUCUUGGGCCAGAGAGAUGGCACUGUGGGUAAGGCACUUGCUUGGCACAGCCAAGCCAGGUCCAAUUCCUUAUUCCACAUAGGAUCCCCUGAGCACUGAGUCGAAGAGGAAAUCCUGAGCAUAGCCAAGGGUGGUCGCUGAGUCGUCAACCCCUUGCCCCCCUUCCAAAAAAAAAAAAUUGGGUAAUAAACCAACUCAUCUUAAUUCUGGGACUUGCUUAGUACACAUAGCUGUCACCAGCACCCAGAGCAGUGGAAGGUGCUCACACUCAUCACUGCCACUGCAGAGGCCUUAGCACCGACGGAUGAGCUGCCUUCCGGCCUCCUCACUCAUCUUUAUUCCAUUCUAGGCUUCCCCUUCAAGAUCGUAUAAAACUACCUUCAGAAUUGAAUGUAUGGUCCUGUUUCUGCACAUGGAUAAACUGUAUUUUAUCGUAAUGACUCAUUUUCUGUGGAAUAAAGGCAUACAGUUUUACCCCCA